UCAUGGAGUCAAGCACCUCCCAACAGCUUCCUAGCUCACACUGCCCUCUAGCUACAUCAUUUCUGACCACUGUUUCAUUGGGCAUUAUUGUGCUCAGCUUUUUAACCUAAUUUCUUGCUCGACAGCUGAUUUGGAAAUGGAGAGGGUGACAAAGUUGGCAUCGGAGAGGCCAGUGGUGAUCUUUAGCAAGAGCACAUGCUGUAUGUGCCACACCAUCAAGACUCUCUUCUGUGACUUUGGGGUGAACCCGGCAGUCCAUGAGCUUGACGAGAUGCCCAGAGGAAGGGAAAUCGAGCAAGCACUCACAAGGGCUGGAUGCCCAACGUUGCCGGCCGUGUUCAUCGGCGGUGAGAUUGUUGGUGGAGCCAAUGAGGUGAUGAGUCUUCACCUUAGUCGUUCCUUAAUCCCAAUGCUUAAGCAUGCCGGAGCAUUAUGGGUUUGACCCAUCGGCUAAUCACCUUCUUAUCAGGCACUAACCAAAUAAAUGAGACGUGUUUUAGCUACUCUAUACUCUGUACGAGGAGAUUAUUAAUAACACACACGCACACAUGCUAGUAAUAAUAUUACUCCAUAAAUUAUAGCAGGUGUCGGGUGUGGAUGUACUCGGAGACAAUGUAGCUGGUAGUAGAUCAAAGUGAGAAUCCGUAUAUUUGAAUUAUAUGUAUUAACAAAUUAAUAAAAAUCAGUUAUUAAUGAUA